AUGAUAAAGACAGUGAAGUGGGCCAAGGCAAGGUGCGAGGCGAAUAUGAGGCGGAAGCUGGCCUCCAACCAGGUUGAUGCCAAACAGUGGUGGGGAUUAGUAAAGGAGAGGCAAGGUGUCUCCUCUCAUGAACGUAUCCCCGCCCUGAGGAAGCCUGACGGGUAUAUGGCCGUCUCCAGUCAAAAAAAGCAGACCUCCUCGCCCGCCAGUUCGCUGAAAAAAAUGACAACUCCAGAGCCAGACAGGCAACUGCCCGCCCUCCCCCGCCUUACUGUCUCGAGACUGGAGGGCGUUGCCAUCUCUGAGGACGCCAUCAGAAGACACCUGAGGGAUGUCAACACCAGGAAGGCCCCUGGUCUUGACAGCGUGACCCCACAUCUCAAAAAGUGUGCUGUUGAGCUCGCUGGCCCUCUCGCACAAAUGUUUCCCUGCUGUUUGCAGCGAGGGGUCUGGCCGUCACUAAGGAAGGAGGCGCGACUCACACCCGUGCAUAAAGAGAAGUCGAGGUCUGAGCCAGGUAACUACCGGCCUUGUUACCAGUCAAUCUCGCUCCUCUCCGUACUCAGUAACAUCUUGGAGAGGAUCAUAAGCGAGAAGCUCACCGAACACCUCAAGCAGCACCACCUGCUGUCGCCAAAUGAAGGCUCAAUUCUGAAACAGUUCGCAGCCGUCAAGGUUUUCCAGAGGCUGCUUUUCCUAGAACUCUCUGACCCUCUUGAGUGGUGA